AUGCUCUGCUCGUCAUAUCCCAGUUCUAGCCAAUCUGUCAGUGAGACCCUUUGGAAUACCGGUCUCCGUGAACAUAUAGCCUCUGAGAUCAAUCCCUUUUCUUUGACGGAAUCAUCCUUGUCUCAAUCUGAGGCCCCUACAAUUCCCGUGACUACCACUCCCAACUACACUACUACUAGACUUUCGACACUCACUUCCCUUUCUGGAGAAAUGAACUCACUUCGGGAUCGAUCUCCUGCAUCCAAUAUCUCUGUCGAUACCAGCCUAAAUGGUCAGCUCGAGGUCGCACCUGCAAACUCUCCAGAGCAGAUUCAGCUAGAACAACGCCGAAAUCAUUCGCAUCGACUAUGUUACUAUCAUCACCAUCAACACCAUAACCGUACUACCAACCUUCAGGAUCAGUCUCGAACAAACUACCCAUUUCGGCCAGCCAAUCUGGGCCAAAAUCAUGUUUCAGGAAAUGGCCUUUUGUUGGCUGUUCCACAGGCAGGCCAAUUGGGUCAAGGCAGCAUCAAUCUGGUUGAUAUAGCCCGUGUUUUGGCUGCAUUCGGACGAAUUGUAGUUAGUACUACAUACCCGGGUCUUUGCACCGCCAAGCUGCCCGAUGACUUAUCAGUCCAUCUUCUUGCAAAGGCCCACAUGAGCACAUAA